AUGCCUGCAGUGAUAGAUGUGUCUGUCACCGAUGAUGACGAUGCCGAGACGGAUCAUGAUACUGACGCUGGUGUAGAGACUGAUAUCUCUGUGGGCUUGCAGGGAUCUAAAAUCCCAUUGUCUCUAUCACUUCCCAAUAUAGCGCGACUCAUAUCUCACCCAGCGCGCUCAAGCGCUUCAUUGGCCGCUCGCGCACGCCAGCACUCCGGUUGCUCAAUAGUCGUGCGUCGCCGCACACAUCCUCAGUUCCAUCACAUGUCCUCCGUCCAUCCAUUCCAUGUCCAUUCGAGAAACCUUCUCAGUAGCAAUCCCCUUGGGCCGACGUAUAUCUCGCUCAUCGAGGACUACUUGAGUUAUCUCAUACCACUCAUAUUCACCCACUUCCCAUUCCUCUUCUACACCGGCAUGGAUCAUGAUACCAAUGCCGAGUGGCACACUGACAUUGCCACCAAGAUGUCCGUUGAGCCUGACGAUGAAAUCAUGGUCGACCAGCCUGGCGCCAUGGCUUCGGUGGAUGACUUCCCUGCCAACCAUUGGGUGGAGCCAGUCGGCGACAUGCCUAUUCCCAUUCCCCCACCAACCCCUGCAGCCGAGCCCCUUUCCCUUCCAUUAGCACCUUCAUCAUCCACCAUCCUCGAACGUGUGCUAGCCCUGACUACUCAAGUCACGGCUAUGCAAAUGGCCGAGGAGAAUGCUAAUGCCAGGGUAAAUGUGAUGGAGCAGGAGUUUGAAGCCCGCAUCUCCUCAAUGCGUGCCGAGCUUUCCUCCAUGCAGCUUGAUGUCGGCACCAUGGUGACCUUGGUGAAUGGACUUGUUGGCCUGGUUGAGAAGCUUUGGCAGGAGCGGGUCCUUGCUAAUCCAUCGUUCCCACCGCCCAUGAUCAGCCAUGGCAAUGAAUCCUCAGCCACCACAUUCGGCAUGAGGUACCUGAAUGGUGUGUUCAGCCCUUUGGUUACUCCCAUGCCCUUUUCUGUUGGAGUCAGCCAAACCUCAGUCUCCUGCCCUCCCAGGCGUCCUGACACGCAGGGCACCACAUUCCCGUCUGGAUAG